AUGUCAUUUGAAAAAUUCCACAAGCAAAACCAGGUGCAGCUCACCAAAGCCGUGGAUGAAAUAUGCCAGGAGUUCGUCGUUGACGAAGCCAAACUCGAAGAGCUCACAUCAUAUUUCAUCGAAAGCAUGGAGAAAGGAUUGGGACAGAAGGAAGAAAAUGCCGAAUACAAAGGCUUACCGAUGAUUCCUACAUUUGUAACAGGAAAGCCAAACGGAACUGAAAAGGGUGUCUUGCUAGCUGCAGAUCUAGGUGGUACUAACUUCCGUGUGUGCUCUGUGACUCUCUCGGGUGACCACCGUUUCUCUUUACAGCAAUUGAAGAGCAAAAUUCCAGAGGAGCUUUUGGAGGAUGAAGCUGUAACGAGUGACGAGUUGUUUGGAUACCUGGCUAGGAGAACGAUGGUCUUCAUGAAAAAAUUUCAUCCUGAGUACUUGCAAAAUGGCGAGAAGCUGAAAUUAGGUUUUACUUUCUCUUACCCAGUCAAUCAGACAUCUUUAUCUUCAGGUACCCUGAUUCGGUGGACGAAAGGUUUUAAGAUCAAGGACACUAUUGGUAAGGACGUAGUCGAUCUGUAUCAAAGCCAACUUGAAAGCCAAGGCAUGCCCAUGGUGAGAGUUGUCGCGCUCGCAAACGACACGGUGGGGACAUUUUUGUCUCACUGCUAUUGCUCUCUGAAUAAUGGUUCCAUGACUUCCGGAGAAAUCAGUGAACCGGUAAUUGGAUGUAUUUUCGGAACUGGUACCAACGGCUGUUACAUGGAAAAGAUCGAAAACAUCAAGAAGUUGUCUGACGAACAGAGAGAACAGCUAAUAUCUGAAGGAAAGACGGAAAUGUGCAUCAACACCGAGUGGGGUUCUUUUGAUAACGACUUGAAGCAUCUGCCCACAACCAAGUAUGACGUUGACAUCGAUCAAAAGUUCUCUAGCAACCCAGGCUUUCACUUGUUCGAAAAGCGUGUUUCCGGUAUGUUUUUGGGUGAACUGUUAAGAAACGUACUUGUAGACUUGCACUCGAGACGAUUAAUAUUUCACCAAUAUCCUGAUACAGAAUCUCUUCCCCACAGGCUGAGGACUCCAUUCGAUUUAUCAUCUGAGGUCUUGUCCCACAUCGAGAUCGAUGACUCCUCGGAAUUACGUGAGACUGAACUAUCUCUGCUGCAAAGUCUAAGGCUCCCAACAACCUAUGAAGAGCGAGUGGAGAUUCAAAAAUUGGUUCGCGCCAUUUCUCGCAGGUCGGCGUACUUAGCUGCUGUUCCUAUUUCAGCAAUUUUGAUCAAGACAGGCGCACUCAACAAGAGGUACCAUGGUGAAGUGGAAAUUGGGUGCGAUGGGUCUGUUGUCGAGUAUUACCCCGGAUUCAGGUCUAUGAUGAGACAUGCUCUUGCUUUGAGUCCUAUUGGUCCUGAUGGUGAACGGAAGGUUCAUUUGUGUAUUGCAAAGGAUGGUUCUGGCGUUGGUGCUGCCCUGUGCGCCUUAGUCGCAUGA